AUGACGACAAACGACGAUGAUCACGCGGCUGAGAGAAACACGAUGUCCAUGAACUAUGAAUUGGCGGCUACGUUGAGUGAUGAAGAACAACGCGCAAGAAAAGGAAAAGCCAAGAUUGUCUGUAAAGAAGAAGACCACGUCUUUAUCAAAAAGAAAGAAAAAUACGAGGAAGAGAGCGAGAAGAGGGAAUUCUUCAGUCAUGUCCCCAGAAAGAUAAGGCCUGCGCUUAGAUACCCACAACCUAACUUUGAAAACCCUAAUGGGGCUUCUUCUUCUUUAAACUUACCCUUCGAAGAAGACUACUACAUGGCUGAGUACUACAAGAAGACGGAGACCAUAAACCCACCUAACCCUUAUCACCAAUGGUCUCCUUCUUCGUUCUUAACGGAGUACACACACCCUAGGAUGCUUGAGGUGUUACAUCGCUGUGGAUUCAACAGACCAGUGGUAACUUGUUAUUCAAGGACGGCCAGGGAGAUGCGGUGGUGGCUUCGCCAGGUGAUGAAAGACAUGAGAGCAGAAGACCUAACACUUAUCUUAGAGAAGACUCUGUCCACAACUGAUGUGAUCACAACGACACAUGGCCGUUUCUCAAUGCAUUUCAACAGAUUAAUCAGUAACGACUUCUUGAAGCCUGAGGAGCGGAGUAUCCUAGAAGAAGAUACCUACAAUGAUGAGACGAUGGGAGUUGGAGCCAUUCUCGUGGAUCAAAGGUCUCAAAAGUGGAGUGUGAUUUUGAAGAGAUGGGGCCAGAAUUACUUUCUGAGUUGUGGCUGGAACGACGUUGUUAAGGCUAAUAAAUUGAAAGCUGGCGACGACAUCUGUCUUUGGGCGUUUAGGUGCGAUGGAGUCCUCUGUUUUGCCAUGAGGCAGUGGCGUGGAAUCCUCUGUUUUGCUCUUGUUCCUCCUCUUACAUUGAGACAGAGUAGCUCUUCCAAUGCUCGCCGUCUCUGCUAA